AGUUGAGUGUUGAGUGUACGGCGUGUACGCUCGGCACACGCUCGCCUCGCUCGCGCGCGACUUGCACGGCGUUCAUUUCCUUAUAUAGAAAAACGGAGCACCGGCGAGAGAAACCCGCGUUAUCAUGAGCACGACGAUUACCCAGGAGGCGUACGACGAGGAGGUCAGGGAGUUGAUGGAGGGCCUCGGUUUAACCGAGGAGGAGGCGAUCGAGGACGCUGUCAGGUGCUACGAAAUGAAGGGGAUAGAUCUGAGCAACAUCGUCACCGAAUCAGUUCUCGAGGAUAAAUAUAAGCAGAUAGUGACGUGCCUGGAACGACUAACGUGCGCCGUGAACGACAAGAGUUACGAAUGCGUGCCGGAAACGUUGCAAGAACUGCGAACCGAGUUGGAUAAGGACAUCGAACACAGGGUUUACGCGGGCAAACGCAAAUGUUACAACGUACUGAUCGACCUCCUGAAAGAUUGCCAGAAGGACCACGCGAUACUUAAAUCGACGCUGGAGACAAUCACCUCGUUAAUGUCCGGUUAUCCGGAUCUGUUGGACGACGAAGGAAUCGCGUUGCAGAUAGAGAUUUUAGAAAGACAUUGCGAUGCGGCAACGUUACAAUGCCUGUUGGGUUGGAUACGAGAGUGCUGCAUAAAACACGAGUUGAAUAGGCAAAAGAUUUUCGACACCAAUAUCUUUGAGAAACUCAAGAAGAUAUUAGUGCGCGCGGAUGUGGGCGCGCAAGAGAUCAAGGAUGCAUGCUCGGUAAUUAGAGCGUUGGUUCUGGACGAUGAUAUUAGGCACGAAUACGGCAAGGCACAUGAACAUGCAACUAUCAUGGCAAAGAGUGCUCUCGAUGUCAUCACGGGAUUAUUGAAAAGAUUUAAAAGAGACACGAAGGUCAUAGGCGACCUAAUGAUCACCCUGGCCGCAUUGGUUGUCCGAAAUGAAUUUUGUCAGGAAGUAGAAGAUGCCGGGGGAUUGAAAUUCAUUUUGGACAUAAUGACCGAAUAUCCAGACUCUGAAAAAUUGAAUUGGCAGGCUUUAAAGUUGCUCAAAGCGCUCGGUGGCAACGACAACGUGAAGUCUCAUAUCAUCACUUCCGGAUGCGCCCCUUUAAUCGUAUCCGCUAUCAGUAGAAUGAAAAGAUCGGAGAACGUCGUAACUGCGGGAUUGAGUUGCAUAUCGGCGUUAUCUUUACGAAGCACUUCAAAUGCUGGUGUGUUCUAUGAUUGCGGUGCGGCCCAAGUGAUCGUAGAUGCUAUGAAGGCUUAUCCUAAUAAUGUAAACGUUUUAAAACAAGCCUCUUGGGCAAUUAGAAAUAUGUCGGUGCGAAACAAAUCUGAAUCUAAGGAGUUCUUGAUGCAUGGCGUUGAGGAAGUACUACGAGAUGCGAUACGUUUACAUGGCCCCAAAUUGGAGGAUAACGCGAAAGCCGCGUUGAGAGACCUGGAGCUGAAGGUAGAUUUGAAAGAAAGAUGGACAGGAAAGGGCGUCAGUCUGAGCAAUGAACGCUAUUAAUCAUUGGCAGCAGCAUCAUCGUCAGAACAUAGUAUCUAGAUUAUUUACUACAAGUACAUUAAUCCAGUUUGGAUCUUGUACAUUGCUUUAUCUCACCUCGCAAUGCUACGCAUUAUUUGAUAAGAAUCUUAACUAACGUAAAUAAUAAGACAUUUUUGUGCUCAACAUAACGGAAGGAUAAAAUAUGAUUUUUGUAAAAUUGUCAAUUACUGUUUUAUUUAAUAAUUCUAAGCGAUAUUUUAUAAAAUUUUAGCAGCUUAACUGAUUGGAGUUAAUUUGAAACUAAAUGUUUCCAAUGCCGAAUUAUAUUCUAAUAAUAUUUAACUAUAUUUUUCAUCUUUUAUAAUAAGAAAAUUUAUCAUAUUAUAUUUAGUGAUUUCAUGUAGUGCCUGAAAUUUAUGUAUACGUGUAUAAACUUAAAAGUUUAUAUAUACUUCUAAGACACUGCCAGAAAUUAUAUAUUCUUAUUUGAUUAGUAGAGAGCUAAGUAUCCAUAUUUUAUACAGCCGUUUUUAAUUGCCGUUUCAAACAAAUAAAUGUACAAACUUAGCUUUAUUAUUGGUAUAUAGAUAUUUAUAUGAUUAAAUCAAAUUAUUUCCAUGUAUGUCAUAAUUACAACUGUAAAAGACAUAUUUUUUCGGAUCUAUACUGUACUUGGAAUUUUGAUAUAAAUAGAAACAGGCAAUUACUAAUUAAAGUGAAUAAUCAAGGCUGUUGGUGCAAAGGGGUACUUAACUAAUAAAGCUUGCCGAACAUAAAAAAAGACAUAGACUAACGAUCGAAUAAUGAUGAUAUUUAUAUAUAAUUAAAUAUAUCGAGACUUUUUAUAUAAAUUGUUUUUAUAUACAGUGAGAAAUACAUUAUUGUAACGUAACGAAACGUAAGGAAUAAAAGCUAAUUUUGAAUUAUAA